ACACAAAACGCCAUAUUUAUACCUAUAACCAGGUCGCUUUAUAGCCCGAACCGUAUAUUCUUUCCCCCCUUCCCUCACUUUCCAUCAGAGUCGCCACCUUACUCUUCCUCGUACCAUUUACUACCUAGGGUGCCUAGACAUCCACCACCACCAUGCCCGACCCCAUAACCCUGAUCCCCGGUACCCUCGGGCUAGCCGCCCAGGUCGUCAUGGGGUUCACGGAGUACCUGCAGAACGUGAAGGACGCGCCCCAGGUAAUCAAGAGCAUCCGGCUCGAGGCGAACACGCUAAAAGGUGUCUUGGAGACCCUCAGCAUGACUUUCGAGGAGGGUAUCGACCCCGCCGCCCAGGCCUCGCUGGAAGAAUGCCUCAUGCAGUGCCAGGAGACGCUGCGGGAGCUGGAGAAGCUGGUGAUGCCGGAGGGCGGGGACACGACGAUGACGGAGGCCCGCAGAGACGCGCCCGCGAAAACCCACCGGACGUCGUCGCCGUACGCUAGGUACGCGGUGGCGCGGGAGGCGCCGGCACAGGACGCGCAGAAAUACCAUAGCCCGCGGCCCACCUCAUCCCAGAUGUCGAGUCUGCUGCUGGCGCAGAUGGGCCCCCAGUACACGCAUGCGGGCUACGCGGGGGCAUAUCCACAAAACCUCCCGCCGAGGUCGUCCACGACGAGACCGUCGUCUUCAUCGAGGCCACCGACCCCAGCAAUAACAACAAGAGCAGCACCAGCAGCACCAGCAGCACCAGCAGCACCAGCAGCACCAGCAGCAGGAGGACACCCGCCCAAGCGUACCAUGGCUUCGAUGUCUUUCAAGGCGAGACUGAAGUGGCCGGUAUUCCAGAAGCGCAAAGCGGAAGAGUUGCUGCAGCGGCUCGAAAGACAUAAGACCCAGCUCAGCUUGAUCGUCCAGGCUGAUAAUUCUAUGAACCUCACGGCUAUCAGCACCAGUGUAAAGGAUAUCGAAGCAACUUUAGAUGACGGUGGAAAGCGAAGGGUAUUGUCUUGGCUGAAGCCGAAGAACAUCGACAUGUACGAGUUCCACCGCGAGCAGCACGACAAGCAAGAGGAUGAGACGUGCGAGUGGAUGACCCAGUCUGAAGGCUGGAACCAGUGGCUCGGCGGGGGCUCCGACAAACCCGGCGGGUACCGCCGUUUCAUUUGGAUAUACGGCAUCCCGGGCGCCGGCAAGACAGUCCUGGCCUCGUUCCUCAUCGACAGCAUCGCGAGACAUUGCCGAGCCACUGGGUGCUCGUAUUAUUAUUGUCAUAAUGAGCAUAACCAAGACGAGACGAUGUCCUUCCUGCGCUGGAUCAUCGGAGACCUGAGCCGACAGGUAGAGCGGUUCAUCCCGAAGGAGCUGGAUGAACUUAGUCAGACAGAUCAGUUCACCAUCCCGGGCCUAAUGAAUUGCUUCCUGGCCCUCUCUCGCAAUUACAUGCGGCAGGGUCGGCGGGUUUACUUGGUGGUAGAUGCCGUCGACGAAAGUAAACCCCCACGAAAGAGGCUACUCGACGUACUGAUCAAGAUUGGCACGGCCCCUGAGUUCGCCCACGUGUCGUUGUUGAUGACGAGCCGUGACGAGCCGGACAUCCGGGAGGCCAUGACGACGAUUGGCAUGGAUGAUGGUCCUCAUCAUAAUAAAAUGCACUAUCUCGCGUAUUAUGAUGAGGAUAGACCUGAUCCCUAUACGGAGAUCACGAUGGAAAACGCCGACGUCAUGCAGGCAAUACAAACGUAUGUCUGGAAACAACUCGCGAGAAGUACGAGGUUCAAGGUAUGGGACCCGCAUUUCAAAGAGAGGGUAGGAAUUAUGCUGGCAAGGAAUGCUAGAGGAAUGUUUCGAUGGGUUGCGUGCCAAAUCAACAUCCUUGAGCGCCUACUUGAUAAGGACCUGGUAAUGGAGGCUCUUGGAGAUUUGCCGGAGACCUUGUUCGACACGUACGAAAGGAUCCUCGGAACCACUCAGGAGCGCGCUUUCGCUCGUACGGCUCUUACGCUUAUAUGCAGCAACACCACAAACAUCAAGAGCGCGGAUGUUCUCGUACAAGCGUCACUUCACAACGUGCAACAUGGCAUUAUACACAAGUAUACCACAGAAACCUUGAAGGAUAUCCUCGGCUGCUUGAUCAAGACCACAGACAUAAAGAAGAGGCCUACUUCCCUCUUCCGACGCGACGAAGAAGUCAUGCCUCUUCAAAAAGUCAGCUUUGCCCAUUACACCGUAAGGGAGUUUCUGUUUGCGCCACCAAGAUUAAACGGGACCAGGCCAGCAGGAGAAUUUGCUGUGUCAGAAACCGAUGUCCGGAAGCUGGAGAUACAGGUUGUGUUCAAUGGCUUGCGGCAAUGGGGCCGAAAUCGCCCCCAGGGUCAAAAGUAUCCAACUCGAUACGAGGAGCACUGUCUCGUAAUGGCUGAUCAGGCUCUCAGGGGGAGCCGAAGGAGUAUCAUCGUCAAUGACCAGGACUUAUUUGAUUCCGUCGUGGCUUGUCUAAUACCUGGCAGUCCACACAUUAAAGCCCUCACAAAUACAAACAUACGCCAAAAACUUAAGGGGUGGAGGAAGCUGUUCAUGAUUGAUACUAUCUCGCAGCAAGCACCGCCCAACAAUAAGACCAGAGAUACUUCACGACCGACUGGGACUUUAGCUAGCCUGAUGUUGCUCGAGUGGCCGGAGUUUGCGCAGAAGUACUUGCAAAGUUCUUAUUACGAGAAACUUCCACCUAGGGAAAAGCGUGCUGUGUGGACGGACGAGUUCACGAUCGAUCCACCUAAUGACGAUUCCCUUCCGAACGUCUUCCAUAAAGGAGAGCGUAUAACAUUACUUUAUAUGUGUGUCGUGUGGAAGCGACUCGACUUCCUCGAACUCUUCAUCAACGCCGGGGCGAACUUCGAAAAUGAACCCGACAUUGUGUACAUAGCUCUCCAAGACCCAUAUAGAAAUAAACAAGGCUUCGGUGGUGAUGAUAUGGUGACUGGCCAGCUCCUGAAGAUGCUCCUUGAGAGAGGUGCAGAUCCACACCCAAAGGGCUACAGAUUCACACCGCUUCAAAAAGCCGUGAGUUAUCUCGAGGAUUCUUGGGUACAGAGUCUGCUUAUCGAAGGUCGUGAUGCGAACAUGAUUGGCGAACCCAACGGAGAUUUGCCUCAUGGAGAAGAGAAAGAAUAUCCCUGGUGCGAUUGGCAUCCGCUUGACAUCUGUCGUAAGACAAAACCACUGUGGCAUGAGUCGGAGGGAAUGGAAGAUCAGGUUGAGAAAGCUCGGAAACAGGUAGAGAUGUUGCUGUAUCAGUAUGGAGCACGUAAGCCUCAGCCGCCACCUCCACAAGUCAUUGAUCUAGAAUCUUAAACCGUGCUUUUGGGGAAGUAUUCAAGGAAGUGCGGCUAAGCGGAUAUGGCAUGCUGAUCUUAUGGAGGUCACACCUUGCUGUGGCAGGUCAAAUAGUUUCGUUGUACGAUGAUAGUAGGCACAGGUAGAUAGAUGUCCGGGUUCGAGUAAGUCAAAUGCUUAGGUAACUUACCUA